GCUCUACCUAGGGACAGAGAAGACAGAAUCCAGGCCUGUACAAGGAGUCCGGUGCUUCUGGACCCCUACAGUGAGGUUCGGUAGGACCUCAAAGAAUCAGUCAGAUUCUUCCCUGCAUGUCCCUCUCCAAUGAGGCCUCAGAAACCUGGUGGAGCUGGGCAGAGCUUAGGAGUAUUGGUUUGCCCUGCCUGCAUCUUUCAGAUGUCCAGGAAGUCUAAGGGUCCCCUUCUGAAAUUUCAGACUCAUAAGUCACUUCCCUUCCAAAAGUCAUCUUCCUCCAGCUAGACUCCACCCAAUUAACACUCCCAAAGCUCUGUCAGGGCUGAGAGGCAAUCCCCCAGGACUGGGAGCUUGUAGAAUUGUAGCUGCCCAAGUUGGUCCAUUUACCCUCUCCAGCUCCCAUUAAUUUUAUUCAAUACCAUGGGAGAUCAAUAGGAGACACAAAGCUACCCAGAAACCAACUGGGAGGGGCCUCUGUAACUCCAGACUGCCCUGGAGGCGAGUUGCUGCCAGCAGGGUGUUGGUAUAGAGGUGUACACUUCUUGCCCCACCUUGCUCCACCCUACCCCGCCCCACAGUCCAGUGAUUGGCUAGUUCUGAUCAGUGGGAAGGGCUCAAAAGAAAGAAAUACCAGACUAGUGAUCUAGAGAGAGUACUUUGUGGAACCUCUAGCUCUAGGGUUAGUGUGCCCCAGAUCGUGUCAUGCUUGGCCUCUGGCUACUCAGCAUCUUAUGGACACCAGCAGUAGCCCCUGGACCUCCUUUGCCUCAUGUGAAACAGUAUGAGGUGGUAUGGCCUCGGCGCCUAGCUGCAUCCCGCUCCCGCAGAAGCCUGCCCUCCCAGUGGGGCUUGUACCCAGAGAGUCUGAGCUAUGCUCUUGGGACCAGUGAGCAAGUUUUCACCCUGCACCUUCGAAAGAACAGGGACUUGCUGGGCUCAAGCUACACAGAGACCUACUCAGCUGCCAAUGGCUCUGAGGUGAAGGAGCAGCUGCACGAGCAGGACCAUUGCCUCUACCAGGGCCAUGUGGAAGGGUAUGAGGGCUCAGCUGCCAGUAUUAGCACCUGUGCCGGCCUCAGCGGCUUUUUCCGAGUCGGGUCCACUGUCCACUUGAUUGAGCCUCUGGAUGCUGACGAAGAGGGGCAGCAUGCAGUGUACCAGGCAAAGCAUCUGGAACAGAAGGCUGGGACCUGUGGGGUCAGCGAAACCAGCCUGGAUAAACUAGGGCCUCGGACCUUAGAAAUCUACAGGGCUCAGCCCGGGAACUGGCUAAAACCUAGAGAAAUCCGCUAUGUGGAGUUGUAUGUGGUUGCAGACAGCCAAGAGUUCCAGAAGCUGGGGACCAGAGAGGCUGUGCGUCAGCGAGUGCUGGAGGUUGUAAACCAUGUGGACAAGCUUUAUCGGGAACUCAGUUUCCGAGUUGUCCUAGUGGGCCUGGAGAUCUGGAACAAGGACAAAUUCUACAUCAGCCGUUAUGCCAAUGUCACACUGGAGAACUUCUUGUCCUGGAGGGAGCAGAACUUGCUAGGGCGGCACCCACAUGACAAUGUGCAACUUAUCACGGGGGUUGAUUUCAUUGGGACCACUGUUGGACUGGCUAAGGUAUCUGCCCUGUGUUCCCGUCACUCAGGAGCUGUGAAUCAGGACCACACCAGGAGCGCCAUUGGUGUAGCAUCUACCAUGGCCCAUGAGCUGGGCCACAACCUGGGCAUGAACCAUGAUGAAAACAUUCCAGGAUGCUACUGUCCUAUACCACGUGAGGGUGGUGGCUGCAUCAUGACUGAAAGCAUUGGCUCCAAGUUCCCCAAGACAUUCAGCAGGUGCAGCCAGGUUGACCUAGAGUCAUUCGUGACAAAUCACCAGACAGGCUGCCUGACCAAUGUUCCAGAUGUCAACCGGUUCGUGGGUGGCCCUGUGUGUGGAAACCUAUUUGUGGAACGUGGAGAGCAGUGUGACUGUGGUACACCUCAGGAUUGUCAAAACCCCUGCUGCAAUGCCACCACUUGCCAGCUGGCCAAGGGGGCAGAGUGUGCCCAUGGUGCCUGUUGUCAUGAAUGCAAGGUGAAGCCAGCUGGUGAGCUGUGUCGUCCUAUGAAGGACAAAUGUGACCUGGAGGAGUUCUGUGAUGGCCAGAAGCCAACAUGUCCUGAAGAUGCCUUCCAACAGAAUGGUACCCCCUGUCCAGGGGGCUACUGCUUUGACGGGAGCUGCCCCACACUGGCACAGCAGUGCCAGGCUCUGUGGGGGCCAGGUGCCCGGGCAGCAUCCGACUCCUGCUUUGCCUUUAGCAUUCCUCAGGGCUGCUAUGGGAGUAUGUACCCUAGCAGGAUCAACCGAUGUGGGGUGCUGUUCUGUGAGGGAGGCCAGAAACCUCUUGAACGUUCCUCCUGCACUUUCUCUUCCCACCAUGGACUCUGCCAAGCUCUCCAGACUGACAGCAACACUAACACCUACGAGUUCGUACUCCAGGGCACCAAGUGUGAGGAGGGAAAGGUUUGCAUGGAUGGAAACUGCCAGGACCUCCGUGUAUACAGAUCUGAAAAUUGCUCUGCUAAAUGCAACAACCAUGGGGUUUGCAACCACAAGAGGGAGUGCCACUGUCACGCGGGCUGGGCCCCACCCUACUGUGCACAGCUGCUGGCAGAUGUACCAGUGGUCACUGAGUCUGCAGCUGUCCACAGCACCACAGCCUCGGGGAACUGGCGGGGCCUCAACAGUGGCACUGUGGGGCUGGGACUCGCCACUACCACGUCUUCUAACCCACUGCUGGAGAGCCAGAAGAGCUGGUCAUCCGAGAGCCUCCCAGUCAGUGUGGUUGUGGUCUUGGUGAUCCUGGUGGCUGCCGUGGUCAUCGGGGCAGGCAUCGUCAUCUACCGAAAGGCCCCAAAACAAAUCCAGAGGAGGAGUGUGGCACCCAAGCCUACCUCAGGGCUCUCCAACCCCCUAUUCUACACAGGGGACAGCAGCCUGCCAGCUAAGAGCAGGCCUCCAGACCCUCCUGAGAUGGUUUCUACCAACCAACCCCCAAGACCUAUAGUGAAACCAAAGAGGCCUCCCCCUGCACCUCCAGGUGCCAUGUCCAGUCCACCGCUCCCAGUUCCUGUUUAUGCCCCAAAGGCACCAAACCAGCUUAGACCUGAUCCUCCCACCAAGCCUCUCCCAAAGCUAAAACCCAAGCAGGUCAAGCCAACCUUUGCACCCCCAACACCACCAGUCAAGCCUGGGACCGGAGGGACUGUGCCUGGAGUGACUCAGCAGGGAGCUGGUGGGUCAAAGGUUGCUCUGAAGGUCCCCAUCCAGAAAAGGUGACCAGCUAGGGCACCCCAGGGCCAUCGUAGUCUUGUGGAAGUUUGGAGAUACCACUGUUCCUCUAAACGAGCUUCUUCAGCAACAGCCCCCGCCCAGGCUGGACCUGCAUACAGUGUUCCUACCUCAGGAAUAAUCUCUCUCUCUGUGGCUCUUGCUGUUCAGCUGCCCUCCUGAACCAGUAUCCAUUCUCUCACUGGCCUUGGCCAGCUUAGACCUUAUGUCUAUGUGUGCUAGUUGCUCGGCAGGGCCAGCAUCGCCUGCAGUGAGCGUGAGCAAAUCUGUCUUUCUCUGGGUGGACAGAAUGCCAGGAGUCCCCUCCCAGCAACUUCUGCACCAGCCCUCACACAGUGACCCCUCCCCAAGGCACAGUUCCUAUAUCUUCAUCCCACUCAUGUAUGAGACUUAGGAAGGAAAAGCCGACGACGUUCUUGGGGUGUUGGGACAGAAGUUGCCGUCAUUUCCGGGUUGAAAGAGAAUAGUUGUUGAAACUAUGACUAAACACUAUUCAUUAAUAAAGAUUCUAUUUUAUCAGUAAAGUAUAGAUCACAUUCUAAA